CUCUGUUACGUGAGAGGCGGCCGCGCGGCGGGUGGAGUGGGAUGCGCCGGACUGGGAACGACCGUCGCUGGCCCCUUCUUCCCGUCCCCUGGCCCGCUCUCUCCAUAAAGCCGACGCUGGGUCUCCGCCCUGGCCGGGUCUAGGGCGAAAAAGCCCCCUAGGAGAAGAGUAAGCAGAUCCUCGUGUUGGGCCUGGAUGGAGCAGGCAAGACCAGUGUUCUCCACUCUCUAGCCUUAAACAGAGUCCAGCACAGCGUGGCACCCACCCGAGGUCUCAAUGCAGUGUGCAUCCACACUGAAGACAGCCAGAUGGAAUUCCUGGAGAUUGGCGGCAGCGAACCAUACCGUUCCUACUGGGAGAAGUACCUGUCCAGGGGACUGCUGCUCAUCUUCGUGGUGGACUCGGCAGACCAUGGCAGGUUACCUGAAGCCAAGAAACACCUUCAUCGACUAAUUGGAACCAACCCAGUCCUUCCUCUGGUUGUGUUUGCAAACAAGCAGGAUCUGGAAUCAGCCUACCCCAUUGCAGACAUCCAUGAGGCUUUGGCAUUGUCUGAGGUGGGCAACGAUAGGAAGAUGUUCCUGUUUGGAACCCAGGUAACUGAGGAAGGCUCAGAGAUCCCUUGGGUCAUGCAGGAUGCCAGGGACCUGAUUGCACAGCUGGCUGCGGAUGCACAGUGAUGGCCCCCCGAGGCUCGCCAUGUGCACCUCACAGGGAAUGGAGAGCGGCAGACUGAAAGCCAGAUGUUUCCACUUUCCAAUAAAAAACAAGCCGUUUCCUGUUUU